AUGGGUCGUAUUCGUACAAAGACAACAAAGAGAGCAGCUCGCCUUGUUAUUGAGCGCUUCUAUGGCCAACUCUCCUUCGAUUUCCAGGACAACAAGCGUGUUUGCGAUGCUGUCGCUGAUAUUCCAUCAAAGCGUAUGCGCAACAAAAUCGCCGGCUACGUUACCCACCUCAUGCGCCGUCUUGAGCGUGGCCCAGUUCGUGGCAUCUCCUUCAAGCUCCAGGAGCAAGAACGUGAGAAGCGUGAUAACUGGAUGCCAACAACCUCCAAGCUUAACGUUCCAAAGAUCCUCGUUGAUCCAGAAACAAAGGAAAUGCUCGCUGCCAUCGGCCUCGGCGAAAUGGAAGGUGUCGAAGUUUUCAUACGCCGCGCAGGUGCCCGCCAACAAUAA